AAGGCAGUGCCUGACUGCAAGACACUCAGACGGAAUUUCACAGUGUGAUGUCUACUGCUCAGUUCAGCCCCUCCCCAGACACAACGCCUCAAUAAAAAUCCAUUCCCAAGUUACCAUCAAGAGGAGCGCACUGCCGAAUCGCACCAAGACCAGCAGAUGAUGAGGCAAUGAUACUCUGAGUUGAUAAAGGUAGUGUUAUUUUACUCCUAUUAUUAGUGGAGGAGCCAUUAAUGUAGCUUUCGCAUUUCCACUCUUCUCUUCCAACUGUAGUCGCGCGUAAAAUCUGUGUAAAAUGGAGACACGCAUCUUGGCGACGGUAACAACGCUCCUGUCGUGGAGUUACUGCGUGUUUGCCACUCAGGUCGCCUUCUCCAACUUCUCCGCGGACAACGAAGUGCACUCCAGCUUCAUCCAGCGGCGGCUGCGGAGCCAGGAGCGCAGGGAGAUGCAGCGGGAAAUCCUCUCCAUCCUGGGGCUGCCGCACCGGCCGCGGCCGCACGUCCACACCAAACACAACGCGGCCCCGAUGUUCAUGCUGGACCUGUACAACACCAUCUCCACAGACUCACAGCCGCCCGGAUACUCUUACUACAAGUCCGUGUUACCCACCCAGGGUUCCCCUAUGAUGACCCCGCAGGACAGCCGCUUCCUGGAUGACGCAGACACGGUGAUGAGUUUUGUCAAUCUCGUCGAUCAGGAUCAGGAUCUUCUGCUCCAGCAGCACAGAAGAGAAUUCCGAUUUGAUCUUUCCCGUAUUCCUGAGGGAGAGGCCGUCACAGCAGCAGAGUUCAGGAUUUAUAAGAAUUUCGUCCAGGAACGCUUCGAGAACGAGACCUUCAGAGUCAGUGUGUACCAGGUCCUGGAGAAGCCUCCAAACAGUGAAGUGGAGCUCUUUCUGCUGGACCAGCGUGAUGUGUGGGCUGCAGAGGAGGGCUGGCUGCUCUUUGACCUGACCGUCACCAGUAACCUGUGGCUGGUGAACCCGGAGCAGAACCUCGGGCUGCAGCUGGUGCUGGAGGACAGCCUUGGCCAGAGGAGGAACCCCCGUCUGGCCGGGCUGGUGACGGGCAGCGGGCCUCAGGACAAGCAGCCCUUCAUGGUCGCCUUCUUCAAAGCCAAUGAGGUUCGAUUCCGCGGCGUCCGAUCCGCACAUGGCCACAAGGGGCGCCAUGGGAACCGCUCCAAACCCCAGAAGACUGUCCAAGAUGCACUGAAGGCCGUGGAGGCUGCAACAGAUAACCUCGGCCUCGCUAAAGAAGGCUGUAAAAAGCAUGAGCUGUAUGUCAGUUUCAGAGAUUUGGGAUGGCAGGACUGGAUCAUAGCACCCGAGGGCUACGCAGCGUUUUACUGCGAGGGAGAAUGCGCCUUCCCUCUCAACUCCUACAUGAACGCCACCAAUCACGCCAUCGUGCAAACUCUGGUGCACUUCAUCAACCCAGACACGGUGCCUAAGCCCUGCUGCGCCCCCACCCAGCUCCAUGGCAUCUCCGUGCUCUACUUUGAUGACAGCUCCAACGUCAUCCUGAAGAAGUACCGCAACAUGGUGGUCAGAUCCUGCGGCUGCCACUGACUGCUGCAACCCCCCUCCUGUGAGUUUGUGAAAAAAUCUGAAGAAAGGCAGAAGAGAAAGAGCCAGAGACGGGAUGAUUGACAGGCUGGUCAUCAGGGAGCUCCUGCCACAGGACGAGCUUUAAUAUGGAGUACUGUUUUUAUGAGCAGCAGCUGAGCCUCACAUGCAGUAUUAACCGCUACCACAAACCUAUCUGAACUUGUAGUAACAAAGGAAGGUUGAACAAAGGCGUUUGUUUCCAUUUCCUUUGAGAUUGACUAGAAAAAGUGCACUAACAGGACUCUGACUAAUGUGGAGCUACUUCAAAGACUCAAACCAAACAUUCAGAACAUCUGAGAGUAAAACAUUGAAAACACAUCCAUCUGUAUUUAAAUUAAGGGUCAUUUAGAAUAUAAAAUACUGCCUGGGUGGACACGUGCAUUAAGUACCUGAUUUUACAGCUUGUGAAUCUUUAAAAUCUCCAUCUUCCUGUUGAACUUCUGCACCUUUCCUUGAAGCACAGCUGGAGUAAUUUUUCUCUGAUGAGAGAAAAGAAAAAGCGUUGGUUGUUCAGCCGGAUAUUAGAACCACGUCAGGUGUAAGACAUCUGGCAGCUCGCGUGUGUCGAGGAGCUCAGUGAAGAGUGGCAGCUGAGACUGUUAAUGACAGUGUUGGACUGGAAGGCCUGCCUCGUGGAUCUAGUUUCCUGGUGCAGCACGAUGCAUGUGAGAGACGUGCAAUCUGCGAGAUGUCGGUGAUUCAUCUUCAUGAGACGGACAUCAGGGUGUGCACCACCUCUGCAGCUGCCUCCGGGUGUCUGGCCAGCUGCAGGUGGGCAAAGGGGAAACUGUAAUUUCGAUUUUCGAGUCCGAUUUUUAGUAGUUAAAUAAAUGGAAACAAUAAAAGAAAAGGCAGGUGUGUGUUUAACCUUAUUUGCCCUCAAUAAUGUUGCAUUGAACGUUGGCUACCAACAUGUUGUGAGGAAUCCCUGCUGUUUAGAGAUUUAAGACACAAAUAUGCAGAAACUUUACACAUUUUUAUUUAACAGAGUAAAUCGUUUCACAAGGUAAAGACCCAAUCUGUCACCAAACCCGCCUGCCCUGACUGGGACAUCAUAGUGGAGUUCACAUGGUCUGCAUUUUAUUUUGCUCAAUUUCAUUGUAUUUUAACACUCAGGAGGAAAGCUGACAAAUACCCUUGUACUAUGAUUGUGCAUUGGGUUCAUUGUAGAGAAGAACCUGCGGCUAGGGGAAGGGGGGUUAUAUUCUAGGGGGGAAAUUACGAGAUGAACAAGAAUUUUUGGGACAAAAAAGUUGAAUAAUCGCUGAAGUCAGAAUUAAUUUCUUACUUUUAAAGUAAGGAAAAUAACCUUUCUUUUUAGGACAUGUGACUUUAAUCUCAACAGUUUUUUUUUGUACAAAUGUAUGACUUCAUAAUCAGAAUAAAUAUAAAUCAGGGUUUUCUCUUUUAA